AUGACUUCACUUCUCUUUUUAAAAUCUGUGUUGUUUGCUAAUGCAACUCAAAAGAAAAAAAAAGUAAACAAGGUUAUCUCAAAACGAAAGAAAUCAUAUGAGCAUUGUCGAAUAUGUAAUAAAAUGAGGGCUGACAUUCAAAUUUUUGAUAAUUCGAAUAAAAUUAAUAUAUCCGAAGAAGUUGAGAAAAUAUCUGGUGUUAUGAUUAGUAAGUUUGAUGAUCAUUCAAAACACAUUUGUCAAAAUUGUUAUCAACUUUUAAAGAGCUGUAUUCUGUUUCGGGAGAUGUGUCAAAAAAAUAAUAAGAGGCUUGAAGUUGAAGUGUCUAUUAAAACAGAGCAAAUAGCUUGUAAUGAAAAAGAAAGUUUUCCUACAACCUGUGAAGAAGAAGACGUGUACAUACCAUCGCCUGCAAAUUCUGAUGAUGAAUUGGACCUUUGGCAAUGUUCUAUAUGCAACAAACAGUUUUUAAAUGCGAAAUUAUUUAAUUUACACGUCAGACAAUGUAAAAAUGUGAAUGGGGAGAAGAAAACAUUUUUAUGUGAUAUCUGUGGAAAAGUAACUAAGACUAAGGCAAAUCUUUUAAAUCACAAAAGCACACACGUCAACGUGUUCCCAUUUAAGUGUGAUGUUUGUCCGUAUAGAGGGAGGACGGUCGAUUUACUAAGAGUGCACAAACGUAGCCAUUUAAAAGAUAAGCCAUAUAAAUGUACUCAAUGCCCCAAAGCUACAACCACCUCUAGUAAUUUGGCCAAACACAUACAACAUGUCCAUAGUAAAAUUCGACCGCAUAAGUGUUCAUACUGUGAGAAAGCUUUUUCGACAAAACAUUGUAUGAACAAGCACAUCAAAGACAUACAUUUGAGACAAGGGACUGCUGAAUGCGAUAUUUGCUUUAAGAAGUUUAAUACUAAGAAAAUACUCCAAGGUCAUCGACAUAAAGUUCAUAAAAUUAAGGGCGAAAGACACGGUCGCCUGCCGUCGUACCUCCAAUGUCAAACUGAAGAAAAUCCUAUUGAUAAUGACACAUGUGAAGAUAUGCCUCUCGAUAAUUACUUACAUUUAUCCAAUUAA